AUGACCAAAAGUCCUAUACCUCAAGAUCGCGCCCAAUUCGCGACUACUGCCCGUCUUUUAUCAUGCCUUGUGACGGAAUCUCUCACUCCAGCCUUUUAUAUACCUCAAAGAAAUCCUACACAUGGAGGAUUUGCUGUCAUUUUGAAAGGCGGACGCUCUUUCAAUAAAUCAUUGGCCGCCAAUGAUAUUCUUGCUCUCGUUCCUCUUCACCACCCCCCAAUCAUAAAUCCAGAAACAAAAACUGAUGUGGCUGCAGCUGAGAUCGGCUUACUCGACCCUCUGGAUAUGAUGCCCAUGGUUUUCGAAACAGAAGAAUUCCCCCCAGAGGAACCUCAGCAGGACAGGUGCCUCUCCAAUCCAUGCAUCGCAAUUAUGUCUUCUCUUUUGGAGAUGCUUAAGUAUGUCUGCGCUAUUCAUCUCGAAGAAUACCAGAUACGUCUAUCGUCAGAUGCCCUGUCUAUCUGGAACAAGUUCGCAAUUAGCCAAAAUCUCGAUCGUGAAAUCCAAAUGGAUAUUGCUCAAGAACUAUCGAGUUCUGUUAAAUGGCAAGCUCAUUCGUACGAGAAUCCUCCAAAUGCCCCUUCGUUUUUGUCUCCUAGCAUUCAGUGGGAACAAUCCAUCGUCGAAGGCCAUCCUACUCACCCUAUGCACAAGACACGUCGAUUUCUACCUCCACUAAAAGACUAUUCCCCCGGCUCAUACGAUCUACUCCAUCCAAGAUUACGCUUCGUAUCGAUACCCCGCGAAAAUUUAAAAGUUACGUACGAUUUCGAAGGACUGACUCUUCCGGUUCUCAAACUUGCAUCCCAACGAGCCGGAAAGGAUUUGUCCGUUGAGGAACAUUGUAUUGCUAUCCCGGUACAUGAACUUCAAAUCGCGCAUAUUCGAGAUAAAUUUCCAGAAGCGUACAUCUACCCUGAAGAGUUUAGCCUUCCUUUGUUGGCCCAACAAAGCUUGAGAUCUGUUAUCGUACCUGAUGCAUAUCGUGGGCUGCAUCUCAAACUGGGAGUGGGAGUCAAGCUCACUUCUGCAGUUCGAACCAUUUCACCCGAAUCAGCAUAUCUGGGGCCUCGUUUUUCUGCCCAAGUUGUUCCCAAAUUGACAAUGGAUCGAAAUAUCGUCACGGUAGCAAGAGAAUUGGCCAGUGUGGUGCAUGCGCAUCCUAACGGGGAGAUAGCAAAGCACUGCGCUGCCAUCGUCAGAGAGUGCCACGAGGACACAAGCGAUACUCGAGGGGAACGGUUAAUCGUCUGCACUUCCCUAGUGGAAAGUGGUCAUGCUGGAAAGGACGGUCAUCUUCCCUCCGUGGUCCGCGUGUUUGGAUUAGAUACAGAAGAAAAGUGUGCUCAGUGGUUCGAGAAAUUCGCCGCACUCUUCCUUCAAGCUUUCUUGCCUCCAAUGCUUCACAAUGGGGUGGCUUUCGAAUGCCAUCCACAGAAUUGUGUUGCCAGGUUUGACCUCGAAACCAAAGAAUUAAAAGGUUUCAUUGUUCGCGACUUUGGUGGUCUUCGUGUGCACCCCGAGACGCUCAAGGCAACUGCAGGAGUAGAAAUUGAUUUCAUGGCAGGCCACUCAAUUAUCGCGUCAACUUUGGAUGGUGUGUAUACGAGAAUGUAUCACACGAUAAUUCACAAUCAUUUCCAGCAACUCAUUCGCGUUCUCGGACUUCACUACAGUGGUCGCGGUUGGGCCAUUGUUCGCGAACAAUUAAAGAUCCAGAUACCUCCAGACCACCCGCUAUACGAAUCGUGGCUCUCACCAGAAAGAAGGACACUCCCAGGGAAAUGCUUUAUGCGAAUGAGAAUGUCCUCCAUGUACCGUUUCCAUCUCCACGGGCCAUUCCCGAAUCUUAUUCACUAUACGGGCUCAACCUAA